AUGUCGAAGGUGCCUAUUGUUCUCGACGGAGGAACCGGUUUCCUCAAGGUCGGAUAUGCCGCACAGAACUUCCCAGAGUUUCAAUUCCCCAGCAUAGUUGGACGACCUAUCCUCCGAUCCGAAGAACAGGGAGAAAGCGACAUCGUUCUCAAGGAUAUCAUGUGCGGAGAUGAAGCUGCGGCGGCUCGAUCGAUGCUUCAGAUUAGCUAUCCUAUGGAGAAUGGUAUCGUCAAGAAAUGGGAGGAUAUGCAACACCUAUGGAACUACACAUUCUAUGACAAGAUGAAGAUUGAUCCGACGGGCCGGAAGAUUCUCUUGACAGAACCACCAAUGAACCCUCUCAAAAACAGACAGACCAUGGCCGAGGUGAUGCUUGAAGGUUACGGAUUCGGUGGUGUAUAUGUUGCGAUCCAGGCUGUGCUUGCGUUAUAUGCUCAAGGUCUCAGUAGCGGUGUGGUGGUCGACUCCGGCGACGGUGUCACUCACAUUGUUCCCGUCUUCGAAUCCACCGUCUUGAACCACCACAUCCGCCGCCUCGACGUCGCUGGACGAGACGUUACGCGAAAUCUGAUUGCGCUUUUACUCCGUCGUGGAUACGCACUCAACCGAACCGCCGAUUUCGAGACUGUGCGCCAAAUCAAAGAAAAGCUUUGCUACGUUUCAUAUGACCUGGAGCUCGACCAGAGACUCUCGGAAGAUACCACGGUUCUUGUCGAGUCUUAUACCCUGCCCGACGGCCGCGUUAUCAGAGUGGGCAGUGAGCGAUUUGAGGCUCCCGAGUGUCUGUUCCAGCCUCAUUUGGUCGAUGUUGAUCAGGCGGGUAUUGCAGAGUUGCUCUUCAACACAAUACAGGGUACGGAUAUGGAUGUGCGCAGCAGUCUUUACAAGGCCAUUGUGCUUAGUGGUGGAAGUUCAAUGUAUCCGGGACUCCCGUCUCGGCUGGAGAAAGAAUUGAAGCAGUUGUGGUUGACGAGGGUGUUGCAGGGUAAUCCUGAGCGGUUGAACAAAUUUAAGGUGCGCAUCGAAGAUCCACCUCGACGAAGACACAUGGUGUUCCUUGGUGGUGCUGUCUUAGCCAACCUGAUCGCCGACAAAGAAGACAUGUGGGUAACCAAAGCCGAGUGGCAAGAGGAAGGAGUGCGAGCCCUGGACAAACUGGGACCAAGGCAGUAA